CGGGUGUGAUCGGAGCGGCCUCGCCUCACCGCCUAGCGCCCCCCUCAGCCGCCGCUGCCGCCGCCGCCUCCGCCCGCCGGCCAUGUCCCCCGGCCGCCGCCGCCGCCGCCCGAGCGCGGCGCUCCCGUGGCCCGGCGCGCAGUGAGCGCGGGCCCGUCUUGCAGUUCGCCCGCCCCGGGGCCCCCUUGUUCUCCGCGCCGCCGCCGCCGCCGCCAUGUUGGGUUUAGAGCCGCAGCGGAGCCGCCGCCGCCGCCGCGGGUGAGGGAGGCCGAAAGCGGAGCCCGCCCCGCCCCGGGGCCCAGGGAGCGGGGCCGCCUCGGAGCCCGGCUUUUCCCCGCCAGCCGCCUUCCCGGCCGGCCCGGCUGUCCUCUAGCCGUACCAGCCGGCCAGCGAGCGAGUGAGCGAGCGCCGGGCCCCGGCCGCGCCUUCCGCUCCCGCUCCCGCUCCCGCUCCGAGCGAGCCGGGCCCCGGCCACAGCCUGCGGCGGAGCCCCGGACAGUCAGCGCCAUGGCGGAGCAGACCUACUCCUGGGCCUAUUCCCUGGUGGAUUCCAGUCAAGUGUCUACAUUUCUGAUAUCCAUUCUUCUUAUAGUCUAUGGUAGUUUCAGGUCCCUUAAUAUGGACUUUGAAAAUCAAGAUAAGGAGAAAGACAGUAACAGUUCUUCGGGGUCCUUCAAUGGCAACAGCACCAAUAAUAGUAUCCAAACAAUUGACUCUACCCAGGCUCUGUUCCUUCCAAUUGGAGCAUCCGUCUCUCUUCUAGUAAUGUUCUUCUUCUUUGACUCAGUUCAAGUAGUUUUUACAAUAUGUACAGCUGUUCUUGCAACAAUAGCUUUUGCUUUUCUUCUUCUCCCGAUGUGCCAGUAUUUAACAAGACCCUGUUCACCUCAAAACAAGAUUUCCUUUGGCUGCUGCGGUCGUUUCACUGCUGCUGAGUUACUGUCAUUCUCUCUAUCUGUCAUGCUCGUCCUCAUCUGGGUUCUCACUGGCCAUUGGCUUCUCAUGGAUGCUCUGGCCAUGGGUCUCUGUGUUGCCAUGAUCGCCUUUGUCCGCCUGCCAAGCCUCAAGGUUUCCUGCCUGCUUCUCUCAGGGCUUCUCAUCUAUGAUGUCUUUUGGGUAUUUUUCUCAGCAUACAUCUUUAACAGCAACGUCAUGGUGAAGGUAGCCACACAGCCGGCUGACAAUCCCCUUGAUGUUCUAUCCCGGAAGCUCCACUUGGGACCCAAUGUUGGGCGUGAUGUUCCUCGCCUAUCUCUACCUGGAAAACUGGUCUUCCCAAGCUCCACAGGCAGUCACUUCUCUAUGUUGGGCAUUGGGGAUAUUGUGAUGCCUGGUCUCCUGUUGUGCUUUGUCCUUCGCUAUGACAACUACAAAAAACAAGCCAGCAGCGACUCCUGUGGUGCCUCUGGCCCUGCCAACAUCUCUGGGCGCAUGCAGAAGGUCUCCUACUUUCAUUGCACCCUCAUCGGAUACUUUGUAGGUCUGCUCACUGCUACUGUGGCAUCUCGCAUCCACCGAGCUGCCCAGCCUGCCCUUCUCUACUUGGUGCCAUUUACCUUAUUGCCACUCCUCACCAUGGCCUAUUUAAAGGGUGACUUACGGCGGAUGUGGUCUGAACCAUUCCACUCCAAGUCCAGCAGCUCCCGAUUCCUGGAAGUAUGAUGGAUCACAUCAAAAGUGACCAGAAUGGCCUCGUCAUCCUUUUCUCUCACCACGUGGUUUUGUUUCCUCUUAAAGCUGGCCUGGUCCUCAGAGGUGUACCUGUUUAAGGAACUGCCGUGUGCCUGGAGUUUGCAUCUAAAGAGAGUGUGUUUUCAGGAAAGGGUGCUGGAGCCCUACCUGCGUCCUGUGGUUGGAGAGGUGGAGCCCCUCCCAGAAGUAACAGGCUCCUUUCCGGUGCUCCUUCCUUCAUUUUUAUGGAUCUGCACCAGACUGUUACCUUUUGGGGAGAUGGAGAUCUGACUAUUUAAAAACUGCAAACGGCGAGGAGUCGUUCUAGAACUUUCGAACACUAAAAGGGUGAAAAAUUUAGCAAACGAAGUUUCUUCAGUGAACCCUCCAAAACUUUGGGACCAGUUUCCUAUGGGGGACUCAGUUUCAGAGAACUAAGACAGAAGCUCUUCUGUCGUUAUAUUCUUUCCUUUUUUUUGGAUUUAUUAAAUAUUUUCUGUGGUGUGAAGUGACUUAUUAAAUCCACAGACAUUGAGUGACUUCUUACAACAUACACAUAAAAUUGUUGUAAUGAGUUCAUGUCCACCCAGAUGUCGUGUUGGCAGUGAACAAGGGCACGGUUUUUAUACAUACGUACAUAUAUAUAUAUAUAUAUAUAUAUAUAUAUACACACACACACAUGCGCACAUAGCUAUAUAUGAAUAAACAGAUUAAAACCUGCUAAGAUCAUGCUGUGUAGCAGACAGGGGCUUGCUGUAAUUUUGAGCAUGUAGAGCAGUUUACUGUGGCUUCCGUGUAUAAGCUGCCCUCUCUCCCCUUCACACAUGACCCUGCACUUACAAACCGGUGUAGCAUUUGGAUGAUAGACUUGGGCUGUGGGGACUCUUACUUGGUUUGAUCAGCAAAUUAGGGAUGAAAAGUUAAACUUUUGGCCCUUUUCUUUUUACAGGCUUCUCCCUCGCAGGGUUUUAGUAGUUUCUUCUUGACCCAAUGCAUGUAUUAUAGCAGCCAGGUGUCUUUGUGCUUUCUGAUCACAGUAAUGUACUACCUGUAAAUACAUUUUUCUAUUUUAUAUUUUUUUGUAUUUUUUUGGCAUUUUGUUUCAUUGGUGUGCUGUAUUUUCCAUGCCCUCACUCCUUUAAGAAAAAAAAAAAAAAAGGAAAAAAGCAACACAAUCCUGUCCUUGCUGUUGUGAUUGUAAUCUUGGUUUUUACCUAUGGUGAUGGCUGGGUAUUAGGGACAUACGGCAAAUGCCCCUCUGAGUCUGGCACCAAAUUCCAGGACCUAGGGAAAAAACAGGCUGCUCUAUCCCCUUAGAAUCUGACUGUGUGCUUUGGUCUUUGCUGGAGAGCCCAGGGUCCCAGCAGUGAUUGUGUGAUGUCUGCUUGCCUUUAAGCAGCCCCUGGCCUAGAAAGAAAUUGCCCAUGUUUAGAGGCAGGGAGAAGCCUGGAAUUGUCCUAAAAUACCUGGCAGCAGAGGCAGGUGUAUCCUGGUUCCUCCUGCAGGGCCACUGCAGUGGUGACCUGCCUCUGUCCUGCCCCACGUAAUUGGUGUGCUGUCAUCUCCAGGAUUGGUGUUCACUGUGGGUGGAGCUCACCAGGUGAUGCACAGCUUGUCAAGGGAGCAGGUUGGGGCAAAAUCAGGAUGUUGGAUUCCUCUGUUGUUGUGUUCAAAUCCUGCUGAGGGGGUUAGGGUUUGGUUUUUGUUUCUAAUAAAUGACUCCUUU